GGACAAAUAACAAAGGGCACUUCCGCUUGUUCAAUUAUGCUGUAAAACGUGAUCUUUCCCAGAGUUUCUCUUGAAGAAAAGUCGCUAAUUAAUAAUAAAAUAAAUUGCACUGACCCCGAAGGAGUUGGUUAGUUACCUUUAUUAACCCAGAUUUAAUGGCCAGCCAUGACACACCCCUCGGAUCGUCACCUCUCAUGGCCUUGCUGUCGUCCCUGCUGCCAAAAGGCUUUGCUGUGGGGCCAUCCAGGGUCUCUGAAGGCCGGCUAGGGUUGUGGUGGGUGGGUCGAUGCCUGGAUGUAGGAACGGUUCUGGGUAGAGAAGGUGACACUGAGUGGUCCUGGAUUCAGAGCCAUGAGCCUGACCGUGAUCCUCCUAACCGUCACCCUGGAGGACAUGACCCAGCGGCCCUCGACGCUUGCCCCAAAGGAGCACAGAUCUACAGCACCAACGCAAGAGAGGAAACAAGGGGGAUGACUGCGGACGAGGAAGUUCUGCUGGACAAAGUCUUCUGGAUCAGCUUUGCCAGCCACACGCUGUGUAAGGCCAGGCAGAACGUGGAGGUGUGUGGGGGCGUCAGUGGAGGUGCGCGUCUGCGUGUGAGCCAGCAAAUCCAGACCGGAUCCGAGCUGUUGCUGUACCGCUGCAGUGCCGCCGGCGUUACGGCAGCAGCCCCACAGAGCCAGUCUGAGAACCACUGCGCUCAGAACAACACAGAUUUAAAGAUCGAAUGCAUGAAACAAGGGCUUAGUUCAAAAGGCCUUUCUUCCAGACUAACUCUGAAGGAUGAAGAGGAGGAGGAGGAGGAAUUGCUCGAGCCGUCAAGUGUGGGGAUAGAAGAGGAGGUACCAGGGGAGAUACCGCAAGUCAAGGAGACCACAAAGGAGGCAUCACAGGUCAAGGAGACACCAGAGGAGAUGUCGCAAGUCAAGGAGACACUAGGGGAGACAUCGCAGACCAAGGAGACAAGAGGAAAGGAGAAGAACAAGAACGCAGACGAAGGCCUCAAGUCCACUCCACCAGUCCACUACAGGAGGAGGAGGAGGGGAGCCGAGAAGAUGAUGGCCAUCAGCGCAGACAUGUCUACAGACUCGCAGCGUCUGUCAGCUGCACGGACAGAUGCUCAAACCAUUCUCAACCCAGAGCCACACCUCAGUGUCCCACUAGAUCUGGUCCCUGGAACCAUAACAGCUGCUGUAGAGACCACCAACACGGCAGGAGAGGAACGCCCACCGGUACCGGCCGCAGAGUCCUGCGACGCUAGCGGGGAACCCCAGGCACAGGAGGCACAUUGUGUACCCGUGACAGAAAGGCCGACUGACCCCCGACCCCCUUCUGCCCGUGCUCCCGUCCGCACCAGCUCCCGCCUAGCCUUGAAGCCCCGCCGAGUCCACAGCCUGCUCAGCCACCGGGGCCCCGGGGCCGGCCAGCCGACGGACGGCCAGGACGACAGGCGCGCCGCCGAGACCGAUGUGCAGGGCCCCGGCGAGCCGGCCACGAGUGGUGCCGGACCCGUUGCCACGGAGACAGUUUCCAUGGAGACGACGGGUGCUGCAGACGAGGUGGGUUCCGUUGCCGGGGAGACGCUGCUGGCAGGGCAAUCGGAGACGUUUGAUGUGGUUGCUAGGGAGAGGAGAUACCAGUGUUCCAGCUGUGGGAAACGGUUCUACCAGUUGUGCCACUUGAAGAAACACCAGUUCACCCACUCCGACACCAAGCCCUUCUGCUGUGACGCCUGUGGGAAAAGCUACACCUCUGUUGAAAGCUACAAAGCCCAUCAGAUGAGCCAUCGCGGGGAGCGGCCAUUUUCCUGCCCCCACUGCGAGAAGAGCUACGGGCUGAAGAGGGACCUCCGGGAGCACAUGGUGCUGCACACGGGAGAAAGGCCGUACGUGUGUGACCUGUGUGGGAAGGCGUUCGCCCGGCGGCCCUCCCUACGCCUCCACCGCCUGCACUACUGCAGCAGCAGGCUGAACGAGAAGUCUCCCAAGUUGCAGUGUCCAGUGUGCUCCAAGUGGCUGGCCAACUCUGGCUCUCUGAGGAACCACAUGAAGCUCCACACGGGGGAGAAGCCCCACAUCUGUCAGCACUGCGGACAGGCCUUCAGGCAGAAAGGGAACCUCCAGGACCACCAGCGCCUCCACAGCGGGGAGAAGCCCUUCCCCUGCUCCCACUGCGAGCGCCGGUUCUCCCACAAGCGGGAGCUCCGGCGGCACAUGCUCUCCCACACCGGGGAGGUGUUCCUCUGCAGCUACUGCGGCAAGGCGCUGAGGGACCCGCACACCCUGAGGGCCCACGAGAGGCUGCACAGCGGGGAGAGGCCCCACCGGUGCCAGAUCUGUGGCAAAGGCUACAUCCUGGCCACCAAGCUGCGGCGGCACAUGGAGUCGGCGCACGUGAAGGAGAAGGCGUUCCGCUGCCACUGCGGCGCGUCCUACACCCUGCGGCACAGCCUGCUGCGGCACCAGGCCCGCUACAAGGACUGCCACCGCGCAGAGGGGGACCAGGGGCCGGCCGAGGGGUCCGAGGGGGCCGAGGCCACGCACCCGCACCCCAGGCCCGUCUGGGGCCGGCCCAAGAAGCGCCGGAGACCCGAGGAGGAGGAGGAGGAGGAGGAGGAUGAAGAGGGGGAGAUGGAGGGGGACGGGGACGAUGGAGAUGAACAGGAGGAAGGAGGAGCCUCCGAGCGGAGGAGAGGGAGGGCGGGGCUUAGGAGGAUCCGGCAGGCGGGGGGGGAGGCGGCCGGUCUGGGGGCGUCGCCGCCCCACGGGGGCCAGCACACCGUGGUCUACGUCCAGACUGUAGGCGGGGGCGGCGGGGGGAUCGACGCUGGCGACGGGCAGAGCUCGGCCCCCCUGCUGCUGGCCUCAGAGGUCCUGCUCCAAGGGGCGGAGCACGAGCACGACAUGGUGGAGGUGGUGAUGUCCGAGGGGGGAGAGCAGUGCAUCGUGGUCCAUGGACAGCAGAUGGCGGGGGGGCUGGUGAUCUUGCAGGGUGACGGUGGCGCGUGUUCGGUGGCUCAGACGGUGGAGAUAGAGAGUGGCUAG